AUGACAUCGAGACAUCAAGACUUACCUGUGAUCCUACACAAUGACAAGAGAGGUUUGUUGACUGUUGAGGAUGACAGGCUGGAUGUUUUACAGCUAUCCAGAGAUGGUCGACCACCAAAGAGAUUGCUUUCUUGUCCAUUAAAUCACUUCUUACUCGCCAAAAUAGCACCUCCGUCUGCGAAAUUAGGUGAAAUCAGAAGACUUGAUCUACACAGCUUAAGUGGGAAAGAAGGUGGAAGUGGUAACGCAUUAAAACUGGUCAAAUUACAUGUUCUGGUUGAUCCUAUAAAUUUACCUGAAGCUCAAGAAUGGGUAGAUCAGAUUAUGCAAAAUUCGUAUCGAGGUAUCAAGAGAGGGAAAAAGGUAUUGCUGCUGGUAAACCCAGUUGGAGGUAAAGGGAAAGCUAAGAGUAUAGUCCAUGAUACUGUUAUGCCUAUAUUGGAAGCUGCUGGUUGUGAUAUCGAUUUAAGAGAAACUACACACAGAUUACAUGCUGAAGAGAUUGCACAGUCUGUGGAAUUGAUAUAUGACGUGAUAGCAACGGCUUCAGGUGAUGGACUAGUCUAUGAAGUACUGAAUGGGUUAGCUUCAAGACCGGACGCUAGAAAAGCCCUUCAGAUCCCGAUCGCACCUAUUCCAACAGGCUCGGCCAAUGCGGUCUGUAUCAAUCUCUUUGGUGUCAAGGAUACCUUCAACAUACCUCUGGCCGCAUUAAAUAUCAUCAAAGGCAAACAGCUACCCAUAGAUUUAUGUUCCGUGCUAUUACUUCCCUCUCAGACUCGUCGAUUCUGUUUCCUCUCAGUGGCGACGGGCUUGAUGGUAGAUUUAGAUAUUGGUACUGAGAAUCUAAGAUGGAUGGGAGACACGAGAUUCGUCGUUGGUUUCUUAAAAGGAAUUGCAACUAACAAAUCAUCAAAAUGCAAAAUCAAGUUAAAAGUAGUGGAAGAUGACAAGAUUUCAAUGGCUAGGAAAGCAAGGGAUAGAGUGAAAGAACGAAAAGGUACAACAGCAAUUGGGAAAGGUAUAGAUCCUCUUUCGAGAGGAUUGGCCGACUCGAAACUAGGUCAACAACAGGAUGAAGAACCAAGAACUCCUCUACCAGCUGAUAUUCCGAACGUUUCUAGUGAGGAUAAUCGAAAGAAUGGCGAGGAAGACUCUUAUAUACCGGAUCAUGGACCUAUACCAGCUUCUCAACCGUUACAACCCGAUGAAUCUUGGAUGACCAUUGAUAGCUCGGCUUCAAAACAAAAGGAUAUCACGAAAAGAUCGUCGAUAGGAUCUAUAAGAAGUAACAGACUCAGUCAGACGAAUGGUAAUGCGAAUACAGACGGUACAUUGAUUGGUGGUACCGAACAGAACAAGAAAGGAGGAUGGAUAGAUGGCGAGGGAAUAUUGUACUUCUAUGCCGGUAUGAUGCCUUGGGUAGCACGAGAUCUAAUGCAAUGGCCCGUGUCGAACUCUGGAGACGGAUUGGUCGACGUGGUGGUUCAGUCAAUUGUCCCCAGGAUGAUGAUGGCAAAUGCCAUUACAGGUGCAGGAAAAGGGGAAGCUUAUUGGAUGGAGUGUCAACAUUAUUACAAGGUAUCAGCUUUCAUUGUGGAGAAUCUAGACAAAACAAAUCAACAAAUAUUCACCAUAGAUGGCGAAUCUUUCCCCUGGGAUACGUUCCACGUAGAAGUUCAUCCUAGAAUCGCAAAUCUAUUGAGUUUAGACGGAGACUUCUUCGUCCCUGAUUUCUUGAAGAAGCAUGACGAAAAAGUAUAG